AUGGGUGCUAAUCUUUCCAAGGCCCUCGGCAAACUGUUUGGCAACAAGGAAAUGAGACUGUUGAUGCUGGGUCUUGACGCUGCCGGAAAGACAACCAUUCUAUACAAGCUCAAGUUGAAUCAAUCCGUAACGACGAUUCCGACAGUCGGAUUCAAUGUUGAAACCGUCACAUACAAGAAUGUCAAAUUCAAUGUCUGGGAUGUAGGAGGACAAGACAAGAUUCGUCCUCUGUGGCGACACUACUACACCGGUACCCAGGGUCUUGUCUUUGUUGUCGAUAGUCAGGACCGAGAGCGCGUUGAUGAGGCGAAGCAGGAGCUACAUCGUAUACUCAGCGACAGAGAAAUGAAGGAAUGCCUCUUGCUUGUCUUUGCUAACAAGCAGGAUUUACCAGGAGCAAUGUCCCCAGCCGAAGUAACAGAGAAAUUGGGUCUCCACCGCAUGCGUGACCGUUCAUGGUAUGUUCACCCCAGCUGUGCAACAACCGGAGAAGGUUUGUUCGAAGGCCUCCAGUGGCUCUCGCAGAACGUCAAGAAGAGACAACCUUGA